ACGACUAAAAGUUUGUUUUUUUUAGAAUGCUUUGAAAUCAGCUGAUGAGCGGAGUAUUGCCGACCACCUGAUUGCCAAAGACAGGGCGUUGGUGUGGCUCUCCUACAUCCACCUGACGGAGUUCGACCGGCUGCCGUCCAGCCUCUACGACCCGGCCGAGUCCGGUCCGUCCAGACUGGUUAGCAGAGAGUCCUUCCUGCUGCCGUGGAGAUCACCACAGGACAUCAGCACGCCACUCGACAUCCUCAUCGCUCUCUUUCAAGAUGCCAUCCAUCGGUGCACCGACAAGUCUCUGUCACAGAGUGAGAGGACGCUGGCGUGUCUGCCUCUUCACAACAACCUCAUCGUCCUCAACAAGCUGCUGCAGAGGUACGAUGAGGCUGUUGUUCUGUGUGAGUCUCUGCUGGAGCUCUGUCCUGAGUCCUGCGCUCUGCGAGACGCUUUGGCCGACCUCCACAUCAGGAAAGGAAACAGCGAUCAGGCGGUGAGCAUGUGGCUUCACGCUCUGGCCGAGUGUCCCAACAACGCAGAAGUUUUCUAUCACUCCUGCAAGUUCCUCAUGGCUCAGGAGAAGUCAAGCGCGGUUGCUCCUCUGUUCCGAGGCUUCAUCUUGUCUCUCUGUGAGGACGAACAGAGUCAGAAGAAACCUGUGGAUGUUCUCCGGAACAUUCUGGGUUUUUCCAGCGAAGAGCUUCUGAGAAGUCCCGUCGUCAAAAAGGAUCUUCAGGAGCAGCUCAAUCAGCAGACGCCCUACCUGCACCUCAUUCACUGUUGCUGGCAGUGGCUGCACGGUUCUGUGGAGCAGACGAUGGACGCCUUCGAGAGAGCGCUGGGAUCACCCCUGCAGCUGGAGGAGCUGCACACCCUGUGGCUGGAUUACCUGACGUUCAGCUGCAGUCAGCAGAGCCGUGCUCCGUCCAGACAAUUCUCACAUCUGGUGCACCGCUGUCUGAGCACCGUCCCCUCUCGACUGGAGCUACCCUUCAACCCAGCGGAGUUCUGGAACUGCUACCGCUUCCACAACCAGGUCAGUGAGCCGCUGUCAUCAAGAUGUUUUCAGACCUGCACUGAACUCUGGAGAUUCUCCAGUUUCUCUGGAGGAGGUGUUUGUGUGAGAAAGUGUGACCAAAGCAGGAGAUUAUCCAGAGGAGUCACCAUGAGCAAGUGGGGGGGUUGAUGCCGUAUUGAACUU